AUGGUGCCCAGAGUCUUUGGUUUCAUCGGCAUAUUUAUCGUUCUCCUCCUCCACUGGUCAAAGGCAGACACAGGACUCACCAGCAAUUUCUGUCCAGGAGCCCACAUCACCUCAGGCCUGUGGCUGUGCCAGCGAUCACCCAGAUGUGGGCACCGGAUGUACAACCCCUUGGAGCAAUGCUGUGAUGAUGACACCAUCCUGCCCCUGAACCGGACCCGUCUCUGUGGCCCCAACUGCACGUUCUGGCCCUGCUUUGAGCUCUGCUGUCCCGAGUCGUUUGGCCCCCAGAAGAGAUUUGUUGUGAGACUGAAGGUUCUGGGGAUGAAGUCACGGUGCCCUACCUCUCCCAUCUCCAGAGUCUGUCCCAGCUCAUGAGGGACAACCCAGCCAUCUUCCUGGAAACUUGGAACAUCUGGCUAGAAGCACGCACCCUAGGAUAUGAGAAGAAAUGGGUGGGUGGUAUGGUUUUCAAAUGAUAAAACCAUGUUCUAGAG